CUAAUGAGAGCGCCUAGUAAGCGUCGUUUUGGACCAAAAAUGGUCAAACCCGACCUACCACGUCACUAAACCAGCCAUGUCAUACACCCAACCCACUAACCCUACCCACCAACCCAACUCUAGCCCACUUAACAAAACAAAAUUGAAAAAGCUCCAACUCAUUCUCCUCCACUUCACCGCCGUCUUCCCCAAUGAAACAACAUCAGCAGCAAUUGCAAGAUCAUCACGAUUAGAAGGCCCCUUCGAGGUCUCCCCCGAAGGCAUCGUGAAAUUCAAGGAGAAAGAUGGCAUCGACUACGCCGUCCUCACCGUCCAGCUCCCCGGAGGCGGGAGGGUCCCUUUCCUCUUCACGGUGAAGCAGCUCGUUGCUUCUGGAAAACCAGAGAGCUUCAGCUGCGAGUUUUUGGUUCCCAGGUACAGAGGGUCGUCGUUCUUGGACCCAAAGGGCAGAGGCGGGUCCCAGGGUUAUGACAACGCGGUGGCGUUGCCCCCGGCGGGAGAGGGGAUGAGGAAGAGUUGGCGAAGGAGAAUGUCAAGAACGCGGCGGUGUCGAAGGGGAAGAUUACAUUGAGCGUGACCAAGAGCAAGUCGGAGACUGGGGAGGUGAUUGGGGAUUUUUUAGAACAUUCAGCCGUAGGACACCGAUUUGGGCGCCUCAAGGAUGUGAGGAUUCAGGGGGUUUGGUAUGCUCAGCUUGAUUAACUAGAGAGGAGAGGUUGAUGAUGAAAAACUUUUGUUUCAUUGGGGAAGCGGCGGUGAAGAAGAGGAGAACGAGUUGGAGCUAGGGUUUUCCAAUUUUUUUUUGUUAAAGUGGGCUACGGUUGGGCUACGGUUGGGUUAGUGGGUAGGGUUAAUGGGUUGGGUGUAUGACAUGGUGGGUUUAGUGACGUGGCGGGUCGGGUUUGACCAUUUACGGCCCAAAACGGCGCUGAUUAGGCAAUUCUGUUUGCCACAUCAGCACUUAACGGACUUCAUUAACGGAGUUGGACGGAGACUAACGGAGAGUGACUAAAUGUGACCUGUUUCA